AUGAAUACGUCUACUUACUCUUGCGAAACACCCGCUACAUUCUCUACUGACUGGUUUAACUCAAAACAUAUUGGUCAACAACCGGAACAGCUUUCAGUUGUGGGUCACAAUGUUAUUGAUCUAUUCUUUAUUGCCGGCAGCGGAGGAGUUCUUGCAGAACUCUGCAAUACUUUUGCAUUAUUAUACUCACAACAAUACUGA